AUGCUGUACACACGAAAAAACAAAAUAAAACCAGAAUUAAUAGGACCAGACAAUUUGGGAGACAGGUUUAUAAGUGGAUCUUCACAUAAAGGAACGAUUUUUAUUAUUCAUGGGUUUACUGACAGUGGAUAUGGUGAAUGGGUACUGGAUAUGAAAAGCGAACUUCUUAAGGUUGAUAACUUUAACGUUAUUGUCGUCAACUGGAAUGCCGGGGCCGGCUCUGCUUUGAGGUUUUGGUCAUACCUUAAAUCUGCCCAAAACACGAGAUAUGUUGGCUUAAGAACUGCUGAGUUGAUACGAGCUAUGUUUAACCAAAAGGGUAUUCCCGAAGGACUGAUACAUAUGAUUGGACACAGUCUUGGAGCUCAUGCUUCAGGCUUUGCGGGUAAAAACUUACAGAGACUGAUGGGAAAAACAAUUGGUAGAAUCAGUGCUUUGGAUCCAGCUGGUCCACGGUUCGCAAACAGUAAACCUGAUCAACGACUCUUUAUAACUGAUGCUAAUUUUGUUGACAUCAUCCAUACUAACGACGGGAAUUUUGGUUAUUUUUCAGCUUUUGGUUGGAAGAAGAACUCGCCGUUAGGACACGUCGAUUUUUAUCCUAAUGGAGGUAGCAAACAGCCCGGCUGUCCACGAUUCAGGCGUAAGUGCUAUGGGAUUUUUUUCUUUCGAAAAAUUUCUGUCAGAUGCCAACGGAUUUCCCAUGACUUUUGA